CGCGCUUCCGCCAACUACGUGGAAUCAACAGCGCGGAACUCACGAUUUGCGGCAUGUUUACGCGAUGGCGUAGCGCCUGCGUAAAGUAACCCAGCGCAGACUGAGUUCCCCAAGUGGGAUAAACUUCGCGGGAUAGUGUCGGUGUAAUGUUCAUCUUAGAGUGCUGCUAGAAGCCUGUCGAGUACAUUUACGUGCGAAACUGGUGGACAUGGACCACUAAUGUCAAAGAUAACAGUACAGACAAUAUCUUUCGCUUCAAAAGUAGAAAAAUGUAUACGAUGAUGGCACACUUGGUGUGAUCCUGUACUGGCAACAUCCACACACCUGUUUAAAUGAGAUGGAAAGCGAUUUUAGGAUUUGGACAAGGAGACCUGCCUGUUGCAUACUGCUGUGGUGUUUGUUGUCCUUUAGGGUGCUUGGUGUAUCUGCUUUGAGCAAAGAAAGUACUUCAACUCUGGAUCCAAUGGCCACGCCGUGCUGGCAGGUGGAGGAAUUUGUGGUGUCGGCUGAGUGUUUCCAGUGCAACGCCUUCCAGCUGAAAUUAUGGCCAGUCUGCAACCCAACUGGAUAUGUUGAGAAGAUCAACUGUGCCAAGUCCAAGAAGGAUGAGUACAAGAGUUGUCGCUCUGUCGCAGUGGAGGAACGUCUCUUCUGGAAAUUUGAGGGCACAGUGUUGUGCCUGAUGGUGGUCUUUGCGCUCUUGGUGAUCUCGCGACAGAGGGCACUUGACCGGCGAGCGUCAGAGAAGGUCCGCAGGCAGUUGGAAUCCGUGUAGCUGGGGUGGCAGGAACCUGCCCCCGAACACCUGUCUCCUUUUUCAAGUCAUCAAAUGUUCCUUCUUUUCAUGUUAAAUGUAUGAUUUAGUUUUUAAUACACUUGGAAAGAUGAUUCCGUAAUCAAGAGAGUUAAUUUAACUGGACACCUGUUGCACUCUCAGAAAAAUGGUAAAAACUUGUACCUUUGCUUGUCACUGGUUCUGCCAAUUGUACCCUUAACUGCAGGUAAUUGUACCUUUUAAGGUACAGAAAUGGACUCUGAGGAACAUUUCUGUACCAUUGAUGGUAUAUUAAUACUGUUUGUACCUGUGCAGGUACAAACAGCAUUAAUAUAACAUCCUCAGAGUCCAUUUCUGUACCUUAAAAGGUCAAAUUUCAAGGGUACAGCCCCAGUGACAAGCAAAGGUUCACAUUUUUGCCCUUUUUUUCUGAGAGUGUUACAGUGCGGUUUGCACAGUAGAUUUAAUGAAGACAUCACUAACGUUUUAUCCCAGUGUGAAAUUACCUUCCCAGAGGGGUUGCUUGGGUGUCUCUCUGUGUCCCAUCUUUGCCGGGAUAUAUGACGAAAUACUAUUCUAAACCUAUUAGUCCAGUAGUAAAAAUGGAUGGAUUGAGAAAAGAAUGGACUAAUUUAUAGUUGCUAUGCAAAAAAUCACCAGAAAACAUUUACAAGCAGGUAGUCUAAUAGAACCAUUGCUUCCCAUUUAAAGACCAGAGAAUGUGUUGACACUUUGUGUGCAGCACAGAUAAGAAAGCCAAAAAAUAAAAACAUAAUAAGAUGGGGUAGAUUACAAGAGUCUAAUUUUAUGUAGGAUGAAUGGACAAUGAAUGCAGAAGUGGGGAAGGAAUCCACAAAUUCUUGUUUUUCCUGGAACGCUUUUCACUGUCAGUAAUCCAUGUGGAUAUACUCCAGUGCUUUGGUUUCCCUUUUAAUUCCAGUUCUAAGUGAUCUGUUCCGUCAUGUUUAUGUUACAGAUGGUAUUUCUGUGGUCUACGGUGGGUAGUGUGGUAGUCUUUCUGUGACUCAGAUUGCUAGUCUGAAUGGUAUGUGAUGUGUUUAGCAGCUAAAUCAAGCUGCAAGCAAGCUUGAUGGUCAGUACUUCCAGUCAUUCUGAUCAUGGCUUGAACGUUUUCCGCGUUCUUGAUGCUUCUACUCUCCGUGAUCAUUCAGAAUUGGUACAUUUUCCAGAAUCUUGCUCUGGUUGAAUUAAAGGGUUCUUGUUCUCCUAUCCAAGUUUUUAUUUCCCCAUAAUGAAGCUAAAAUGACAUUUAUCAUCUGGGUUCCGGAAGUCUAAGUCAAGCUUUUGACUGCAGUUUUUUUUUAGGGUUGGGUGGGACUUGAUUAAAGAUGCAGCACAAAUAAUCCUCUUGUUUACACCCUUCAAUAUCUCUGCAGGGGGGCAGCAUUUGUGGGAGAAUAAUCUGAAAUUCACCAUUGUCUUUUAACUAUUGAGAUCUUAUAAGUUAUAUUAAAUAAUGUUCAACUAGUUUUGUGCAGUGUAUUUGAUUUGACUUUUGGAUGUGGUUAUGUUUUAUUGCAUGGUUUGUGGUGCUGCUGAAAUGUAAUUGACCAACUGCAAAAAGAUUGUAUUUUGGUUUUUAGGACACUAAUGGUCUAAAAUAUUUACUAGGAAUAGCUGACUGGUUCCUUCCAUGGUGAAGGAACCAUACAGUAUUUUCACUUGUUUGCCAGUGACCCCUUAUGGACAAUCAGUGUAAUGACAAUAACAACAUGAAACUCAGCUGGUCAUUACAGGGUUGGUGGGUAAUUUUUUUUUUUUUUAAGUUGGAACAGCAUAACAAAGUCAUGUGUAAUUAAUGUACUUUGUAUAAAUUUAAAGACAUAUCUCUCAAGGGAAAUGAGUUAAAUAUGAUUAAUUAAAUUAAAAGUUUGGACUUUGCUUGAA